CAGGGCGGAGAGAAACUUCGAGCCGGGGUCUGUCUCCCAGGGAUGCUCCGCACAGGGGGAGCACGGGAAUGGCACUCAGCCUGGUUGGAGCCGAGGCCCUGGACAGCCUCAAAGCUUUGAGAGGCCCCGGCGGCUGUUUUCAGGAACUGCCUUGAAGAGGAGAGCAGAGAGCGGGGAGGCCAGGCGGCUGCGGGCUGCAGGCUCCUACGUGAGUAGGGGAACCCCAGGGAGGGCUGAACCUUGGGCUUGACGGGGCCCUGGAGUCCCAGGUCCACUCCCCCCAGCUCUGCCGGUGCCCAUUCACAGGGGACCUAGGCCUGCGACCAGGGCUCCUGCCUUACUAUUUGUCCCUUGGGACCAGGAGCCCCGGACACUGAGUCUCUUUUCCCAGAGAUGCCCCCACUUUUUGGGGGGUUGCAUCAGGGAAGUCACAAACAGCCGGAUAUCUCUUUGGGGACACCGAGCGGGGCUCAGAGAAGGACAUAAUCGUCAUCCUUCUCUGGGCCUCUGUCUCAGAACCUGUGUGUCUCCACCCCUCCCUGUCUCGAUUUCUACUUUACUCUGUUCUUCCCUCGCUUGUCUUGGCUCUGAGUUUCUCUCAGUCUAUCUCGGAGUCUCUGUGCCUCUCUGUCUCUCACCUUUCCCUGUCUCUUGAAUCUUAAACUCUCUUGGCUUAAACCAUACCUGGCUUCUCAGCCUCCGAGCGCCUCAGUCUCUCGGUGUCAGCAUCCUUGUCUCUUGGGCUCUUUUCACUCUCUGUCUGUUUCUCGACGUCUCUCCUGCCUCCACAUUUAUCUCCGUGAGUCUCUCCCCACAAUCUCAGUUUGUGUGUGUAUCUCGCUUUCUUACUCUUUCUGCCCCUGUCUCUCCUGCUCUGAACCACAUCUGGGAAGGGCUCUCCCUCGGUUGAUUCCCAGCCCCCAUCUCCCUCCAAACUUCUUCCCGUAGAGAGAAUCUCCACUUGACCAAGAGUAAAAAGAACGAGAGGGAGAGAGGUGUGAACCAGAGAAAGGGAGAGGAGGGGAAAGAAAAGAGGGGAAAGCAGAAAGAGGGGUGGUGGCAGUGACUCCAGGGGGCAGCGUGGUGUGCUGGGACUCAGAAGAGUGGGGAGAGCCCCGCGGACAUGGCUGGAGGGAAGGGAGGGUGGGGGGCCAAGGAGCUGGAGGCAAGGGACCCAGAAAUGGGGCUUUGAAACUGUGCAGCAUGACACAGACCAAAGCAAGGAGGCCGUGCCCACGCAGCCUGUCAGGGGGUGGGGGCACCAACCACGCCGGAUUCCAGGAGGCGGUGUCCUGUUCCCCCGCACAUGAAAGUAACGUGGUUAUGGAGUGCUUCCUCCUCGCAGGCUCUGUGCUAAGCGCUUUGACCAUGGAUCAUCUCUUUUCAUCCUCACCACAACCCUGAGAGGUGAGCCCCAAGCUGGCAGGAUGGCGGGGCUGGGAACCCGGAACCUGAUCAGAGCUGCCCUGGUCAUCCUACUACUCCCCGGAAGCCUGGAGGAGUGCGGCCGCAUCAAGGUCUCAGCCCCCAUCGUCCGCCUGGGGGAUCCCAUCACGGCCUCCUGCAUCAUCAACCAGAACUGCAGCCACCUGGGCCCAGAGGCACAGAUUCUGUGGAAACUGGGAGCAGAGCUUCAACCUGGGGGCAGGCAGCAGCGUCUGGCGGAUGGGACCCAGGAAUCUACCAUCACCUUGCCCCACCUCAACCACUCUCAGGCCCUUCUCUCCUGCUGCCUGCGCUGGGGCAACAGCCUGCAGAUCCUGGACCAGGCGGAGCUGCAGGCGGGCUACCCUCCCGCCACGCCCCACAACCUGUCUUGUGCCAUGAACCUCACAACCAGCAGCCUCAUCUGCCAGUGGGAGCCAGGACCCGACACCCACCUGCCCACCAACUUCACUCUUAAGAGUUUCAAGAGCCGGCGUGGAUGCCAGACCCAAGAGGACCCCAUCACCAACUGCGUGCCUGAGAGCGGGCAGAGCCGCUGCUCCAUCCCACGCAAACACCUGCAGCUGUACCAGAACAUGAGCAUCUGGGUGCAGGUGGAGAAUGCGCUGGGAACAAGCGUGUCCCCACAGCUGUGCCUGGUUCCCAUGGAUGUUGUGAAACUGGAGCCCCCCACACUGUGGGCCCUGGACCCCAAGACUGAGGUGGUUCCACUCCAGCCAGGCUGCCUGCGGUUGCGCUGGGAGCCAUGGAAGCCAGGCCUGUACAUAGAACAGAAGUGUGAGCUGCGCCAUCAGCCACAGCUUGGAGAAACCAGCUGGGCCCUGGUAGGCCCCCUGCCCUCCAGGACCCUCCAGCAUGAGCUCUGCGGGCUCCUCCCAUCCACAGCCUACGCCCUGCAGAUGCGCUGCACCCGCUGGCCCCUGCCUGGCCUCUGGAGCAACUGGAGCCCCAGCCUGGAGCUGACCACCGCACAACGGGCCCCCAUCGUCAGACUGGACACAUGGUGGCGGCAGAGGCAGCUGGACCCCAGGACGGUGGAUGUGCAGCUGUUCUGGAAGCCAACACCCCUGGAGGAGGACAGCGGGCAGAUCCAGGGGUACCUGGUCUCCUGGAGACCCUCAGGCCAGGCUGAGGCAGUCCCACCCCUCUGCAACACCACGGAGCUAAACUGCACCUUCCACUUGCCUUCAGAAGCCCGGGAGGUGGUCCUUAAGGCCUAUAACACAGCUGGGACCUCUCGUCCCACCCCAGUGGUCUUCUUGGAAAGCAGAGGCCCACCUCUGGGCAGACUCCAUACCAUGGCCCGAGACCCUCACAGCCUCUGGGUGGGCUGGGAGCCCCCCAACCCUCAGCCUCGGGGCUAUGUGAUCGAGUGGGGCCUGGGUCCCCCCAGCCCCAGCGGCAGCCAUCAGACCUGGAGGAUGGAACAUAACGGAAGCAUCGCAGGGACCCUGCUGCAGGAGAACAUCAGGCCCUUUCAGCUCUAUGCGAUCACUGUGACCCCCCUGUACCAGGACACCAAGGGACCCUCCCAGCUCAUCUAUGCCUACUCCCAGGAGACAGCAGCCCCCUCCCGUGCCCCAGAGCUGCAUCUAAAGCACAUUGGCAAGACGUGGGCCAAGUUGGAGUGGGUGCCCGAGGCCCCUGAGCUGGGGAAGAGCCCCCUUACCCACUACACCAUCUUCUGGACCAAUGCUCAGGACCAGUCCUUCUCCACUGUUCUGAAUGCCUCCUCCCAUGAUUUUGUCCUCCAUGGCCUGGAACCUGCCAGCCUGUACCACGUCCACCUCAUGGCUGCCAGCCGGGCAGGGGCCACUAACAGCACAAGCCUCACCCUGAUGACCUUGGCCUUAGAGGAGUCUGAGCUGCACACCCUCCUGGGUCUGUUUGGGCUCCUGCUCUUGUUCAUCUGCCUCUGUGGGGCUGUCCGGCUCUGCUGCAGACCCAGCAGGAAGAAUGCCCUCUGGCCAAGUGUCCCAGACCCAGCCCACAGCAGCCUGGGCUCCUGGGUGCCUACCAUCAUGGCGGAGGAGACCUUCCAGCUGCCCAGCCUUUGUGAUGCCAGCAUGCCACCCAUCACCAAGAUCACAGUGCUGGAGGAGGAAGAGAAGAAGCCAGGGCCCUGGGAGUCCAGUGACAGCUCAGGGACCUGUGGCCUCCCCACCCUGGUCCAGGCCUACGUGCUCCAGGGGGACCCAAGAGCCGCUUCCACCCCGCCCGAGCCCCAGUCUGGCACCAGUAACCAAGUCCUCUACGGGCAGGUGCUGGGCAGCCCCACAAGCCCGGGGCCAGGGCACUACCUCCGCUGCGACUCCACCCAGCCCCUCUUGGGGGGCCUCACCCCCAGCCCCAAGUGCUAUGAGAACCUCUGGUUCCAGACCAGCCCCCUAGGGACCUCAGAACCCCUAGUCCCAAACCAGGAGGACGACUGUGUCUUUGGGCCACUGCUUGACUUCCCCCUCUUGCAGGGUCUCCGGAUCAACGGGGUGGAGGGGCUGGGGGGCUUCUAGGGUUUCCUGGGACUCCCCACCUGGGCCUGCCUCUUGAAAGUCCUGGGCCAUCCAGAGAAAAGAAGGUCAGUAAGCCCAUCACUAAAAAGCACUCGGCCCCAGGAACGGCAGAAAGGCUCCCCGUCUCCCCCAUCCCUGGCCCCCAGCAACCUCCCCCACCAACCCCUCAUCUCCAUGGGCUGGGCCUCCCACUUCAAAGGCCAGAGAAUGCUUCAUCCAGCCCUGCCCACUAGCCUUUUGUGCUUAUCUUCUGUAAUAUCAGUCCCUUAAAGUGAUGUAUGGUUUGGUUUUGAGAAACUCUUGAGUGUGCCUGAGUC